UGAACUACUUGCAUUGGCUAGGCUAUAUUUCAUAGUGCAGUGGCAAUUGAAAUUGUGAAAUGGAGACCCUUUGUUCUGCUGUGGUGUUCCCAUCUUUCAAAAUCAGAACUUCACAGUUUUCCAAAUGUGGCAGCAUCAGGGCUUCUCUUGCCAUUGAACAACAAACUUCACAGACUAAGGUUGCUCUCCUAAGAAUUGGCACCAGAGGAAGCCCACUAGCUCUGGCUCAAGCAUUCGAGACCAGAGACAAGCUCAUGGCUUCACAUCCUGAGCUAGCAGAAGAAGGGGCUAUUCAGAUUGUAAUAAUAAAAACAACUGGUGAUAAAAUACUGUCACAACCACUUGCAGACAUUGGUGGGAAGGGCCUUUUCACAAAAGAAAUAGAUGAGGCACUCAUAAAUGGUGACAUUGACAUUGCUGUUCACUCAAUGAAAGAUGUUCCUACUUACUUACCUGAUAAAACAAUUCUACCAUGUAAUCUUCCACGUGAGGAUGUUAGAGAUGCAUUUAUAUCCUUGAAUGCAGCUUCACUGGCUGACCUACCCUCUGGAAGUAUUGUCGGUACUGCUUCACUCAGAAGGAAGUCACAGAUACUCCACAAAUAUCCUUCACUAAAUGUGGAAGAAAAUUUCCGAGGCAAUGUCCAAACAAGACUGAGAAAACUCAGUGAGGGUGUUGUCCAAGCUACCCUAUUGGCAUUAGCUGGUCUCAAACGAUUAAACAUGACAGAAAAUGUGACUUCAAUCCUAUCAAUUGAUGAUAUGCUACCAGCUGUUGCCCAAGGUGCAAUUGGAAUAGCCUGUAGAAGUAAUGAUGAUAAAAUGGCAGAAUACCUCGCUUCACUGAAUCAUGCAGAAACAAAACUAGCAGUUUCCUGUGAAAGAUCCUUCCUUGAAACAUUAGAAGGGUCUUGCCGCACUCCUAUUGCAGGCUAUGCUAGCAGAAACGUGGAUGGAAAUUGCUUGUUUAGAGGAUUAGUUGCUUCCCCUGAUGGAACCAGUGUGCUUGAAACUUCCAGAGUUGGUCCAUAUGUUGCUGAAGAUAUGAUUCUGAUGGGUAAAGAUGCUGGGGAGGAGCUUCUUUCUCGUGCUGGACCAGGCUUUUUCAGUAGCUAGCAGUGGCAAACAAAAUACUUGAUCAGGAUAUAUAGCUACAUGGAGAUUGCAGACAGUUCUUGGAGUUUAUCACAUUCCAAGUAUGUAUGAGAGUUGGAAAAGUGAACCACACAUCAUGGUCAAAUUACUGCAUCUUAAGGUGAUUUAGAAAGCCAAAUUUUUGUAGUGUGUUAAGUGCACUAUUCCCACAAGUAUUGUCCUUUCUACGUAGAAAUCUUGAAAUGGAAAUAUUAGCUAUAUUUAUCA